UCGUCGCCAUGUUAACGACGCGCGCCGAAAGCUCAUAACGCACAUCGCAGUCGAAGCUUGUUUAAACCCGCUCCCAUCGCGUUAUAAGAUCGCGAAUCUAAUUUAACAUAAUGGGUGUAACGCGGGAAAGGCAGCUUAGGUAGGGUGUGUGCGGUGGUGUUUAGGGUAAAAUGAGGGAGCAGUGCUGUGUUUAGUGUCUCCUAAGAAGCGAGCCGUCCGGGAGCGGCUGGAGUCGGCUAGGAGGCCGCGUCUCAACUAGUAUUACGGUCAUGGUGCUGAAUCAAUACUGAAAACGCGUGAUAUCACUUCCGUUGGGGCAUGGGCUGCCCCUCGGGUGCACCGGGCACGUGUGCCAGCCGCUAUCUUCAUGGCCAUUGAUAAAGAUGUCCUGCAGCGUGAGUGAGCGGGUGUCAGACAACAGAGCCGCAGGUGGAGCCUGUCGAUUACGGGGCUCCUCAAAUAAUCUCACGACACCCAGCUCCAAAGUUCUUGCCUCACCAGGCCCAACCUCGGCGGUGGGAAAUUUGCGUAACAAGCAAUGCUGCUUGUGUUGGUGCUGCUGCUGUAGUUGUUCCUGUUUAACUCCCGGGAAAGGUAAUGAUGAAAAUGGGCCUACUAAGAAUUCUAACGUAACAGAUUUACUCCUCUGUGAUGGAGAGCCGCCACCAUCUUUAGAGGAAAUUAGAAGUUGGGGAAAGUCAUUUGAUAAGCUAAUGAGAAGCCCAGCUGGACGUCAGGUUUUUCGUGAUUUUCUACGGUGCGAAUACUCCGAAGAAAAUAUUCUGUUUUGGUUAGCCUGCGAAGAUCUUAAAAAGGAAUGUAGCCCAGACGCGGUGGAAGAAAAAGCGCGUAUUAUUUACGAAGACUACAUCUCAAUAUUGUCACCAAAGGAGGUUUCUUUGGAUUCGAGAGUAAGGGAGAUUGUAAAUCGAAAUAUGGUAGAGCCAACGCCUCAUACAUUUGACGAAGCGCAACUUCAAAUUUAUACAUUGAUGCAUCGAGACAGUUAUCCACGUUUUGUAAAUUCGGCUCUAUUUAAGUCGCUAGCCCAACAGCAGCCUGGUCCGGACACAGUAGAAUCGGUAGGAACGGAUGGGCCGUGCGGCUAAUUAAUUUAAUGGACCUUCUAAGCGGCCUAUAAUGACCCGCAAUUGGGCCCCAUAUAUUUGAACGCACAAAAUCAACUUGGUAAUUGUUUUAUGUUGGCGAAAUGUUGAGGAAACGAGCAAUAUAACAAUAAAUGUUGGUGAACAACGCUGUAAGAUUGAUAGGGCCUAUUGCACUGUGAAGGAUUCGAUGGAGAAAAUGCUCCAUUUAGUACAAUUCCAUGGAUUAUUCCUCGCUUUCCGCCAAAAAAUAUUGCAUGACCAUAGACACUUUGUGAUGUUUAAAACCGUUAUUUUGUUACCAACGUGCAGUCAGUCAUAGCGUUAUCCUUAUCAAUCAAUACAUUGUUACUAAGGGCAACGCUCAUUUCUUAACUAUUAGUGUUGUGUCAUGAAUCAUAACAAAGUUAUCGUUCAUUUCACGUAAACUAGGUUUAGGAGACGGUAUAAUAAUGCGAUAAGAAUACCUAUUAAUAAGAGCUAUUUGUUCUCACUAGUCAUAGCAUCCUUCCCAACCACUAGGCAGCGCAUCUUGUAUAUAUCUGCACGCAUUGCGCGGCCCUAUUACAACAAUAUGAUGAUGUGAUAUACCUAAUACUACUACUAUACUAUUACCAUUACUACGUAGCGACUUCGACCACACAGCGUUUCAGCACAUAAACACAUCCACCUUUGCAUGCACACAAUAUGUACCCCCAUAUAAUAUCGUACACUAAUAAUCGACACACUGUGAGUUAAUAUAAAUAAAUAUGAAAUGUA